ACGUAAAACCCUAAAGAACAAUUAAAGCAGCCAUCGGCACUUUCUUGCUUGAGAAAUCAGAUUUGCAGCAAAUGUUUAAUCUUCCCGGAGAUUUGGUAGAAGAGAUACUUUGUCGCGUUCCAGCCACAUCCCUGAGCCAAUUACGGUAUACAUGCAAACAAUGGAACAACUUAUGCAACAACAGAACAUUCACAAGAAAACAUUUGGACAAAGCCCCAAAGCAGUACUUUCUGCUUCUCAUGUCGAAGCACGACAAGGUUUGUUUGAUGAGCGUCAAUUUUUGUGGAGUUCCAUCUAUAGAGAUCAAAGGUGAAUAUGGUCUAACUAACCCUCAAGCCAACUUCGAGAUUUAUGCAGUCUCUCACUGCGAAGGUUUAUUGUUAUGCAACGACAGAAAAUACAGUAGAAUCGUGGUUUGGAACCCUUGUACUGGUCAAACCAACUGGAUCCAACCAAGAAACAGAGGUUCUUUUGCUCUUGGAUCCUACCAAGACAAGAACUAUGGCGGUAAUAGCUACAAAAUCUUGUCUUGUCCUGGUAGCAACAAGAAAGAAUUCGAAAUCUAUGAGAUUAACACUAAGGUAUGGAAGACUCUUGAUGUUACUUUGGACUGCGAAUUGGAACAUGUUGACCAUAGCAAGUCUUUGAAGGGAAAGACUUGUUGGUUUGCUUCAGAUGAAAAUGAGGAACAGCGUGGCAUGUUUUUAGUAAGUUUUGACUAUACAACAGAAGUAUUCGAACGUUUGCUUCCUCCAUGUCAGUGUCUUUACCAUAAGGCCUUUUCUCUAAGCGUUGUUAGAGAAGAGAAACUUUCUGUGUUAUUAAUACAUGGAGAUGCAUCAAGAACAGAGAUAUGGUUGACAAAUAAGAUAGAUGACACCAAAGUUGUGUCGUGGAGCAAGUUUUUAACAGUGGAUUUGAAAGCUCAACAUUGUAUUUGGGGCGUCCCAAAGUUCUUGGUCGAUGAGGAGAAUAAAUUUAUCGUGGUUUGUCAGUUUUUAUUGGGAAGUGACCUCAUGAAGCAGGUGGCAUACAUUGCUGGAGAGGACAAUAAAGUAAAACAAGUGUGUUCUGGACCCGUAUCGUCUUUUCUAAGUUUGUCCUAUUAUGUUCCAAGUUUAGGAUGCUACUAG